AUGGAUGGGAAUGGGAGUCUUUCUGCUGCAGAAAGACGAGAACGUCGAAUGAAACGGAUUCUUGGAGAUGGAGAAAAUAGAAUCAAGAAAAUAUUGUCCGGGCCCAGUGGUGAUGAACAACGGCUACCACCAAUGUUGGAAGGUGGAGAGUACAAGUUUUCGGCUCUUCCAAACUCUGAGAAUUGCGCCGUUGACUCGAACUCCACGCCGGCCGCAGGCGUUUCCGACACCACCACAGAAAACAAACCGGAAAAAUGUCUAAGCUCUCUUUUGUGCGACAGCUCCAUCGUGUCUAAAAUCGAAAACAUGGCCACUCCACUCAAUUUAUUGUUCGGUGUUUGUAUGCGACUUCUAGUUAUGUAUGGUUUGACUUUCAACGUCCUUUUACCUUGGAUACUUCUGUUUUUCGGUCCCCGGUUUCUUGUCUUGAUUCACGACAUACCUAAAUUCAUAACGGAUGUUGCUGUCUUAGUGCGAUCUGGGAACAUCCAUGGUAUUGACGACAUUUUGAAGCGCUGUUAUGCUGCUGUCUUUUUCGUUCAACUCUUCAUUUCUCGUCUUUUACUUAUGGUCUGCGGUUACCUUUUCACUCACGCGGGACUCAUUAUUUUCUACCAAGCGACGUCUGACAAUCGAACACAAAGUGGCGGAGUCCCUGUAUAA